CAUGUCCGCGCAUGUUAUUGAAGCUAAACUUCCGGUGUCUGAAAACAUGCAGAGAACACUCACAUUCUCCAAUUUAUGCAAACAUUUCAAUAGAUUUUCAACAAAUUCAACUGCUACAUUAUCCACACUUUUCCGUACAAACAGCAUAUUUAUUAUAGAGAAAAACCAUAUUGAAAAAGACAAAGGAGUAGCUCCAAGUUGUCUUCUGAAAAAAAAUGGUGUACAAAUUAAAUCUCAAGUCAGAUUUUAUGCAAGAAAAAGGAUGGUACUUAAUUUUGACUUUUCAGGUGAUUUGGUAAAGGAAACAGAUAAGGUUAACAAAGAGGAAUUAUUUUUCCCAUUCAAAGAAAUUGGAGGUUUAGAAGAUGUAGAUGAUACUGUUAAAAGACUCCUCAGUUUGGAGUUCUGUGACUCAAAAGAACGCUCAUUUCACAAAGAAUACGAAUUGAUGAAAAAGAUUGAUGAGUUAUUUGGGCCUAAUGCUGAAUUGGAGAGGAAAAUUGUCAAAUUUACUAUUUCCAUAAGAAAGAUGGUACCUUAUUGUCUAGAAAGAACAGCAGAUAAGAAAAAUAAAUCAGUACUAAAUGAGAGUAUUGCAAAGCGAAAGAAAUUUUUAAAAGAAUUAAGAGCUGAAGAUUAUGAACGAUUUAUUUGGUUGCUAAAAGAAUUAAAGAUUAGAUAUAUACCAGCAAAGAAAACAGUGCGUGUUAGUAAAAGACAGAAUAGAAUAAAUGAAAAUCAGACCAUUUCAGAUGAUAUAAGGAAUAAAAAAGAAGAAGAAUUACGCCUAGUACUGGAACGUGAGAAAGAAGAGUAUUUGAUGAAUAAAGAGAAGAUUCUGGAAGACAUAGAGAAAGAAAUUGAGGAAUACGGUUUAAAUAAAGAAGAAAUUUUACAAAAUGUGGAAAAUAUUCGUGUUGCCAGGGAAACACCUCCUGAACCGGUUAGAACAGGUUUUGCUAGUUUGAAAGAUUGGUCAUAUCCGAAGGUCCCACCAAGAUUUUUUAAAUUAAAAUAAUAAAAAGUUA